GAGCUGUGAAGCACGGCAAAAUCCCGGUACCAAUGACGCGCGACACGUGAAAGCGGCCGCGUGUGUUUGCUUUUCCCUGAAUGACAACCCAGCUCAGCCGCCUCUGUCUCAUACUAAUCAUGAUAAAUGCUAGUUCUCAGAUCGUUGCAAUAGCAGAGACAAGAUCAUGCAAAGCGAUGUUGCCGUUGAAUUGCCAGCCACUGUUAGCUUCCAAACUGAAAAGUGAUUCUCUCCUUGCCUCCCUUCGUUAUUAUAGUACAGCUCUCUCCCGUUGCCAAGUGCAGCCACGGAACUCUUUUCAGUCAGCUGUGUUUCUUGUUCUGAUUGCAUCCUCAGCCUCAUCUUCUCUUUUUAGAUGUCAGUCGUUUCUUAUUGGUCAUAAAUCUAAUCUCUCAGCCAUCAGCGGAGGAAUUGGUCCUUGAUAAUCCAGACGUCGAGUUGUUGUGCAUGCAGAGAGAUACUUCAAAGGGUUCUCCUCAGCACAGGGAUGAUUUCCACCCUUAAUCAUACCAUCGUUAUCAUGUCAACACA